GCGUUGGGAAAGGCAGACGACCAUCGUCAGUGCGUGGCUCCGAAGAUAUUGCACAGCCACCGACGCUGUGAUCUUCCGCGUGGCGCUGUUUGUGGAGUCCAGUGGUUUGAUUGACGUGAUGUCAUCGGAAGCGGCGUCUGGGAUGGACAUUGAUAGCGGGGCAGGGCGCGGCGGUUUGACGACGGCGGAGAGGACGACUUUUGCUGCGGUGGUUAAUGUCGUCCUCUUCCACUGCCAGAUGGCGAGCAAUGACGCGAACUUCAAAGCGGCUGCUCGUGCACGGUGCAAGCUGUUGGCGCUUCCGACGACUGGGCAGUGCUUGGAUGUGGCUUCCAUUUCCGACGCGGUGCUGGAGGUCUACUACGCGAUGGGGUGCGGGGGGUUUCCAAGGGCGACUCCACGGUGGUGGGUGAAGCGGCGAACGGGCGGCACGUGGGAGGAUGUGCGGCAAUGUGAUGACGCAACGGAUGAUUACUUCAAGGAGAAGCUUCGAAUGUCGCCUCGUGUUUUCCGCGAGAUCGCGGAGACUCUUUCCCCACUCCUUCAACGCCGUGUGACGUGGGCCACUGGGGAGACGUACGACAGCGGGACGUGUAGCUUCGGCAUCGGGAGGGCUUCCGGCAUCACGGCGGUGCAUGACGUGACGGCGGCAUUGCUGACUGCUUACCCCGACAAGAUAUUAUGGCCCACAGGUUUGCAGAAGGCGGUCGUGUUGCACGCCUUCGCUGACAAGGGUUUUCCAAACUGCCAUGGGUGCAUCGACUGUACACAUAUCUACAUCGAAAAACCCGCGAACGCCAACGGUGAGGACUACUACGACAUGAGACUUCGAUUCUCCGUGCAGGCGCAAGUGGUGGUCGACAUGAACUUGCGUGUGCUGGACGUCUUCGUCGGUUAUCCGGGGAGUGUGCAUGACAUGAGGAUGCUGAACCUGUCAAGUUUGUGGGUGCGCGCGGAGUCAGGACAACUUUUCACUGGGCUGCAUGUGAUGCUGCCUUUCGGUGUGCGGACUAAUGGCUACUUGCUCGGCGACAACGGUUAUCCGCAGUCGGAAUGGAUAGUCGUCCCUUACGGCGGUCUCGCGCAACACCCGACAGAGGCACGCUUCGACACCAAACAGAAGACGGUCAGGGGAUCAGUGGAGAGGGCGUUUGGCAGACUGAAGGGGAUGUGGAGGUUGUUCCUCCGCACCCACAAGUGCAACAUGGACAGCUUGCUGCAACAAUUCGUCGUCGUCUGCAUCCUCCACAACAUACUCAUUGACGCCGGCGUCCCGUUUGACAACAAUCUGCUGUGGGAGGUGGGUCCAGACGGCGUGCGACGUAGAGUGGAUCUGGGGAUGCAUCAACCAUUGAGGCCAGUGUGCAUGGAGUCUUCGACGGGGGAUGCGCUGAUAUUGAGGGACACGUUGGCGGAGCGGAUGAUUGCGCAGUGAGGUUGGCCGUGUU